AUGGAUGUCUUGUGGGCGGAUCCAGCGGUGGUCGGGGGGGGCGGGGAUAGGGAUGCGCGCGCUGAUAACGGCGGGGAAGGCGGAGAGUACGACGACGAUGACGAGGAGCAGGAGGCGCCGGCGCUGGAGCGACUGGAAGCCGUGGUCGCGCCACUCGACCCCGUCGCGCUUUUCGUUGAACGCCUCGCCCGAGAACUCGGCACGGUUGCCAUGGGGCGGCGCGGCAGAGCAACAGCUGCAGAGCUCGCUGCAUCCCGACAGCCUGCUCCGCGAUCCCUCCGCGUCCGCGGUCGGCUCAGCUUGCCAAAGCCCUCCGUGCGCCCGAACGCGCACGACGACAGCAGCGACAACCCGGGCGAACGCGAGCAGCCAGCUGCAGAUGCGAUCUCGAUCGGACCGGCUGGGUGGAGGAGAAACUCCGCCACGCAGGCGAUGGCGGAGAGAUGGCGGGGGGGCGCGCUGGCGGGUGAGAGUCAGGGCGGGGGGUGGAUGGACUGGGGGACGAGAGGCGCAGGCUCGGCGGAGAGGCCUUGUGGGGGAGGGGGGGAAGGGGAGGCCGAGGCGGAGACGGUGGGCGCAACGGAAGGGGACGGUAGUGAGUCAACGGUCAGGGGCGCGCAGGAUGGUGCGCUGGCAAGUGAGAUGAUGACACGUGGACUCCUGGAUGAUGCUGACGUGGAUGCGAGGGAGAAUGGGUCGUGCAGACAGGGCGACGCGGGGAAGGCGGAGAAGGGAGCAAGGGGAAGACGGGAAAGAUCUGGAGGGGGUGAGCAGAGUGGACGGGGCGGAGGGGGAAGGGGGGAAAGCGAUGCGCGCAUUGCAGAGGAGCACAAGGCGGAGGAGGGGGAGGGAGCGCGAGCAGGGUGGGCAUGGGGAGGGCGGUUGGCCCAAGUUCCUGCGGCGCAAUGCAACCGCGCAUCCCGGGGGGGGGGGGUAAGGGGGAGAGCGGGGGGGGCGGGGGGAGCCGGCUGGGGCAGCUGCUGCGCAACGGGGACGUUCAAGCGCCCGCAGGGGGAGGGCGAGGAGACGCCACGGCAGCCGCUGGGACGCGUAGCCACCGCCGUCGGCGCGCGGGACUCAAGUCCAGUGCGACGCGGGGGCAGGGGAAGGGGCGGGCGGAUGCUCGUCCUUCAAUGCACGCAAGCACGCUCAGCAACACCCGCAGGAGCAGCGGCAGCAGCAGCAGCAACAGGAGCAGCAACAGUGAGAGCAUGCGCCCUUGCCAUGCCCCCUCUCCGCCAUGCCCCCCUCUCCGCCAUGCCCCCGUCUCCGCCCAUGCCCCCUCUCCGCCAUGCCCCCUCUCCGCCAUGCCCCCUCUCCGCCAUGCCCCCUCUCCGCCAUGCCCCCCUCUCCGCCAUGCCCCCUCUCCGCCAUGCCCCCUCCUCCGCCAUGCCCCCUCCCGCCAUGCCCCCUCUCCGCCAUGCCCCUCUCCGCCAUGCCCCCUCUCCGCCAUGCCCCCUCUCCGCCAUGCCCCCUCUCCGCCAUGCUCCCCCUCUCCGCCAUGCCCCCUCUCCGCCAUGCCCCCUCUCCGCACAUGCCCCCUCUCCGCCAUGCCCCCUCUCCGCCAUGCCCCCUCUCCGCCAUGCCCCCUCUCCGCCUAUUGCCCCCCUCUCCGCCAUGCCCCCUCUCCGCCAUGCCCCCUCUCCGCCAUGCCCCCUCUCCGCCAUGCCCCCUCUCCGCCAUGCCCCCUCUCCGCCAUGCCCCCUCUCCGCCAUGCCCCUUCCGCACCUUUAUGCCGGAACCGCUCUCCCAGCCACUCCCGUCACUGCUGCAUGGGGUGUGGCUGCUGCCAGUCAGCAUUGCCAUGAGCAACCCCCCCCCACAUGCCCUGGCUCAACACCCUCUCACUGCGUCAAACCACCCGUGUCAAACCCACGUCCCCUCACUCUCCACCCUCACCCCAACACCUCCCAUACGCCCUCCCGUCCCGCCCUCUCUAACCCCUCCUUGCCCUUCCCAUACCCCUCCCUCCUCACCCCCCCCCCCCCCCCCGGGCUGCGGCCUUCAAACUGCGCCUGCAGUUCGCCACGGACGGCUUCGCGAGGGGAGAACGUGCUGGGUGAGGGCGGCUUCGGCACCGUGUACCGCGGGCUGCUACCCGUGGCGCCGCGAGUGGAGGUGGCGGUGAAGGUGUUGAAGCAGCUGGGCGUGGCGGCGGACGAGGAGUUCCACAUCGAGCUCGAGCUGCUGUCGCGCCUGGACCACAAGAACCUCGUGCGCCUGCACGGCUUCUGCUCCACCGCCUCCCAGCGCAUGCUCGUCUAUGAGUACCUGCCUAAUGGCAGCCUCACCGACCACCUCCAUG